UCAAUAACCAUCUUUGAUCUUUGAUUCAACGUGAACGUACAUCUCACUGCAUCUCGCCUUUGAAUUAAUAAUGCACCAUUAUAUCUUCUGUUCUCACUUUUCACGUUCUUCUUUUAUUUUCUCCUUCUCCAUCUUCCAGUUUUGCAAAUCUUCCCAUUCUUGAAGGAUCAACGAGCUCAAUUAGGCUUCUGUUAAAAGGGUUCUUAAAACUAUUAUGCAUCGGUUGAAUUCACGUUUUUCUUGUUUUUCAGGUUGUCUUUUGUGUUUGUGAGAAAAUUAGUGGCAUAUGCUCAGCCUCAAUUACUUUACAAGGUUUCAAAGGCUUGAGCUUUCAAGAGUUUCUUGAAUGUUAUGAUUAAAUGGGGAUUUCUUUGAAACAUGUCUCCAUGGAAAUCUGAAGUUCCCAUAGUGAUGAAUUCUGCAUCUUAUGACAUUUCAGAACCCAGUGACUUGGACAGCCCAAAUGCUAGUUCCAAUGGAAAUGGGAGUUUUCUGACCUUUUAUGGUGAGGUGGAAGCCAAACAUCGAUUGCUUUUGGUUCACUGGUUAACUAGUCUUGUUCCUUCAUUGUACUUCCCAAUAAAUGUCACGGAUGGUGAAUUAAGAGCAUGCUUGAGCAAUGGUACAGUUUUGUGCCAGAUACUGAACAAGCUAAGACCUGGUACCGUGAAUGUGGUUAGUGAACCUGAUAAUUCUCUGCCAUCACAAUCAGAAAAUGUUAAAUCGUUUCUGAAAGCUAUGGACGGAAUGGGAGUACCCCGGUUUGAAAUAUCAGACCUAGAGAAGGGGUCUAUGAAAGCUGUUGUGGAUUGUCUUUUAACACUCAGAGCAAAAAGUUUGCGGAAUGCUUUGGGAGAUAAUAUUUCUGUAACUAAUUCCAACACGGUGAGCCCUCGUGUAAAUAUACCACCCAAUUUUCAUCAUUCUCCAUCAUUUAGUGGAGACCAGAAGAAGAGUUUAGCUGGGUCAAAGUUGCAACGUGUUAUGAGUACCCCAGUUAUGGCGGAAUCACCAGCUUCAUUGAUACACCAUGUUGGUCAUAAGUUCCAUGAGGUGUUUCAACUGAAACCUGGGAGUUACGCAGAUCUUCCUGCUGCAAAAAUAUCAGAAAUGAUGACGUCAGACAGUUUAGAUAUUCUAAUGAUACAGACUGCACCGACUCAAUCGCUUCUGACCGUGGUGAAUGGUAUUCUUGAAGAAAGUGUUGAAAGAAGAAAUGGGGAAAUACCUCAUCGCGUGGCUUGCUUAUUGAAAAAGGUUACUCAAGAGCUUGAGCGUCGCAUGUCAACUCAAGCAGAACAUUUACGAACUCAAAACAAUCUUUUUAAGGCUCGAGAAGAAAAAUACCAAUCGAGAAUACGAGUACUCGAGGCACUUGCAUCUGGAACUAAAGAUGGAAGUGAGGUAUUUCCUACCAAGUUUCAGCAGUUUAAGGUUAAGAAGAUCAAAGAGGAACAAAAAAAGUUAGAUGAAAAUGCAGUUAUUAGGUUGAUAAAAGAGCAGGAGAACAAAAAUUUGGAAAUUUCAGCCUUCAAGAUAGAACUGGAAACAGCCAAAAGAACAUAUGGACUACAAUUCUCACAGUUGGAAGAAGAAACUAAAUGUGCUAAAGAAGAAUUUACACUGAAAGCCCAAGAACAUGAGCAUCAAUUGCAAGAAUUAAGAAAUAAGCCCUUUGGCCAUUCAAUACAGGUAGAAGAGAUCAAAGGACAAGUAAAAACAACAGAUGAAGAGGACAAAAAUUUGGAAAUUUCAGCAUUAAAGCAUGAACUGGAAACAACCAAGAAAACAUAUGAAGAAAGAUGUUCACUGUUGGAAGAAGAAUAUGAGCAUCGAUUGGAAGAAUACGAGCAUCGUUUGGAAGAAUUUAGAAAUGAGGCUGAGAGGAUCGAAGAGGAAAGAAAGAAGGCAGAUGAAAGAGAAAUCAAUAGGUUGAUGAAAGAGCAUGAGGACAACAAAUUUGAAAUUUCAUCAUUGAAGGAAGAACUGGAAACAACUAAAGAAACAUAUGAAGUUAAGUGCUCACAGUUGGAAGAAUUAAAAAAUAAGGUUAAGGAGCUUGAGGUUUCUUCUGAAUCAAAAUAUCAGAAGUGGAAAAUGAAAAUGAACCAAUUGCAGACUGUUGUAGAAUUUCAAUUCAGUUCCCUACAGAGAAUGAAAUUAUCUUGGGAAUCGAUGAAGCAAAGUGUUGUGAAAGAGCAAACGGCUUAUGCAGAGGAGUGGGAACGAUUAGGUGCAAAUCUUAAACCAAUGGCACUGGCAGCUGCGAACUACCAUGCUCUUCUUGCUGAAAACAAAAAGCUAUUUAACGAGAUUCAAGAAUUAAAAGGAAAUAUCAGAGUAUAUUGUCGAGUUAGACCAUUUCUUUCAGAAAAGAAGGAAAAACAGUCUAUUGUUGAACACAUUGGUGAAAAUGAUUUGGUUGUGGCAAAUCCAUCCAAAGAAGGAAAAGAUGCUCUUCGGUCAUUUAAGUUUAACAGGGUUUUUGGCCAUGCCACAACUCAAGCGGAGGUAUACUCUGAUAUCCAAUCUUUAAUAAGAUCAGUUUUAGAUGGGUAUAAUGUGUGUAUAUGUGCUUAUGGCCAAACUGGUUCAGGGAAAACUUACACAAUGACUGGUCCGAAUGGGGCAACAAGCGAGACUAUUGGUGUUAAUUAUCGAGCUCUAAAUGACCUCUUCAGGAUUUCCACAAGUAGACAAAGCUUCGUAGAGUAUGAGAUUGGGGUUCAAAUGGUUGAGAUAUAUAAUGAGCAAGUGCGUGACUUGUUAGCAACAGAUGGUUCUCCCAAAAAACUUGGGAUAUUGAAUCAAUCGCUACCAAAUGGCUUAGCAGUACCAGAUGCUAGCUUGUUCCCUGUGAAAACACCUCCAGAUGUGUUGAAGCUAAUGGACAUUGGACUUAAAAAUAGAGCCAUUGGUGCAACUGCUAUGAAUGAAAGAAGUAGCCGUUCUCACAGUGUGGUCUCAAUUCAUGUUCGUGGGAAGGAUUCGAAGACUGGUUCUACUAUGGUUGGUAAUCUUCAUUUGGUAGAUUUGGCCGGAAGUGAAAGGGUAGAUCGGUCUGAAGUAAUUGGGGAUAGGCUUAAGGAAGCACAGCAUAUAAACAAAUCACUAGCUGCCCUUGGAGAUGUUAUUUUUGCCCUUUCUCAAAAGAGUCCUCAUGUACCUUACAGAAACAGCAAGCUUACUCAACUUCUACAAACUUCUCUUGGUGGUCAAGCAAAGACACUCAUGUUUUUCCAGAUUAAUUCAGACGUUAGUUCAUAUUCUGAAACUCUCAGCACUUUAAAGUUUGCUGAGAGGGUUGCUGGAAUUGAAUUAGGAGCUGCACGAAGUAGCAAAGAGGGCAAAGAUGUCAGAGAAUUAAUGGAACAGGUGUCUUCUUUGAAGAGCGCUCUUUUGGCAAAAGAUGAGGAUAUUGAAAGGCUUCAAUUACUCAAAGGUAGCAAUCGUAAGCGAAACCUGAUUCCACGAAGUGGAAGUAGUAAGCACUUCGAUGAUCAUAUGCACCAAAAUGAUUUUUCCCAUCAAUAUGAACUUUCUGGGGGAGAGAUAGGAAAACAUAUUGCAGAAACUUCGGGAUUCACAGAUUCUGAUUUUGAUGGAAGAUCGAGUGAUCUUUCGGACAGUGGUAUUGCUCCAGGCACGGAAACUGAUGGCUCUGAAAAUUCAAGUAUCACUGGAGGCACAAAAUCAUCAGAGAAGAUGGAGAGCAGAUCUAAAGCUAUUCGCAGAACCGUUCAAGCGAUGAGGAAAUUAGGCCUAGCGCCAUCUAUCACUGGCAGCCAACUGAAGGACCCCAUGAAGAAGCCAUCAGGUAUGAAAAAAAGCGUCAGUAUAGGCAGCCUUAGACCUCAAAAACUAUGGAAGUAAAGUAGGAAGCACAAGAAUACUCUUUCACUAUUUGACGCACCAUGUAAAUAUUAUUAUUUCGUUGGUAUGUUCUAGCACUUGAUUUUUAAUCAUAUUGGUGACAUUUUUGUGGGUAUUUGUAUUCACAAGUCUGACACCACCCAAAAAAUAAAAAAAGAAUCAAAGUUUAUGUGCAAACAUAGGAGAGCUAAACUCCAGUUAA